AUGGGGCACAUGAAAGAAGUCUCUCCAAGCUCACAAACCCCUUCCAACAUGUGUUAUCUACCCCACCACGGCGUUUGGCGCCUCUCCAGCAGCACCACGAAGCUCCGAGUUGUAUAUAAUGGGUCGUGGCGACUGCCGAACGGAGCCACUCUCAACGAGAACCUCCGAACAGGACACAACUUACUACCCGGGCUCCCCGACGUCUUACUACGCUGCAGAACCCACCUAUACGUCAUAGCUACCGACGUAGAGAAAAUGUACAGACAGAUUCUCGUCCACCCAAACGAUCGCGAUUUCCAACGAAUCCUGUGGAGACCCUCUCCAAGCGACAAAAUUAAGGAAUACCGUCUCAAUACCAUGACGUACGGGACAGCAUGCGCUCCGUUCCUCACCCUGCGAACCAUCAAACAAUUAGCAACUGAUUACACCAAGCAACACACCCGGAAGGAUCUGCAGCUCUUCAAACUGAUGUGUACGUGGACGACAUCCUCACUGGAGCAAACAGCAUUGAGCAAGUCAAAAUGA